AUGGCGACUAUUCCACAUUCAACCGCAGAGUUGAGAAAAGUUAAAAAGGUUCAAUUUGGUAUUCUAAGUCCCGAAGAGAUUGUAAGUGCUCAAAAACAUCAAAUGAAUAAUAAUUCCAAUUAA